AUGGAGCACAGCCAGACAGGGGGGGAGGAGGGGGGGGGGGGGGGGGGGGAGAAUGGGGGAGGAUGGGGGAGCAGAUCUGACCUAAAGCAUGAAGUCCCUCUGUUCGACGCAGGCCUCACACCUCAGCUCUGUGGCCUGCCGACCCCCCCAGCGGGAUGGGGGUGUGUGAUGGAUGGUCUGGUCUCCCCCCUCUCUCCCCCCCUCCCCUCCGCCUGGAACAUAAGGGCCAGUGUGGGUCUCGAGCUGAGGUCCUGCUGCGAUGUGAGAUCUGCUGAUGUGGGAGAAAGUUUCCCUCUCUCAAACUCUGGCUCUGCUUCUGCUCCCUGCUGCCUGUGA